AUAGACUCGGUCCAUCAGUGACCUGCUGUCUCGCUCUAUCUCAGCGGAGACAUCAAGUGGAGAUGUUGCCCAGACUUUGGAUUGUGACGACCGCUCUCCUGUUUCUUGCCUCGUGCAUCUUGUGUACAAACCCAGGCUUGAAAGUGAGAGUAACGCAGAAAGCUUUGGACUAUGGUCGACAGGUUGGGAUUGGUGUGUUGCAACAGAAGUUGCAAGAGAUGCAGAUUCCAAAUAUGUACGGUAAGAAGAGAGUCAGCGGGAUUGGCAAAAUAAAAUACUACGUCACAAACUUACAAAUUUUCAAGUUGGGUUUACCGGAGUCUAAUCUGAAAUUCUCUGCUGGCCGGGGCAUUCAGCUCUCCAUCACAAAUGGUUUCAUUGGUGUGAAGGGUGACUUUAGAGUUAAAAAGCACUUUUUUCGGACGAGUGGAUCAUUUAAGGUGUCUGUGAGCCGUCUGUCAAUAUCACAGACGAUAGGAAUGACCCGUGACAGCACUGGCCGCCCAGCUCUCCAAAGCGUUGCCUGCUCAGCCAAUAUUGGGAAAGUAGACGUCAAGUUCAUCAAAAAAAAAAGGUGGUUGUACAAUCUGUUCCACAACGUCCUCGAGUCACCCAUUCGUAAAGCUCUUAACAAACAGAUUUGUCCAAAAGUUUCCAGUGCACUCAGCGGGUUGGAAAACAAUCUAAAGACCAUGGAAAUAUCGUUCAAAAUUAACCCAUUUGCUGAGGUUGACUAUUCACUGGUUAAUCAAAUUCAAAUCACAAAUGAUGCCAUGGACCUGGAUUUUAAGGGUCAAUUCUACAGAGUGGGACAAAGGAAAGAGCCUCCCUUCACGCCACCUGCAAUAAGCCUUCCCACUCAAUCCACUCACAUGUUGUACUUGGGAAUAUCUGAUUUCCUUGCUAACUCAGCGGGAUUUGUGUAUUAUGAAGCAGGAAUCUUACAAAUGAAAAUCACUGAUAAACUGAUUCCACCACAAUCACCUAUCAGAUUAAACACAAAGUCCUUUAGUGUAAUCGUACCUCAGCUGGAGAAGCUCUAUCCUAACUUGCCGAUAGAAAUGCACCUGCACGCCACUCGAUCGCCAGUUCUGAAGGUUGCAACAAACAACAUCAACGUUCAAGCAUUUGGUGCAUUUGACGUAAACGCGGUCCUGCCAAAUUCAUCCCUCGCAUCACUUUUUGUCCUGAACAUUGAAGCGAGUGUCUCUGCUCAGGUGCACAUCCUUCAGACGAAACUGAUUGGAUCUCUACAACUGAAUCAUCUGAAAUUAUCUCUUGGACAUUCUAAUGUUGGCCCAGUUCCGGUGGCUGGUCUGGAACUGCUAAUGAACAUUGCAGUAAAGUUAGUGGUGUUACCAGGCGUCAAUGAGAAACUGGCCAAAGGUGUUCCACUUCCAAAUGUGAAAAACCUAAAAUUUUUAAAUCCCAAAAUUGAGGCGAACAAGAAUAUUCUGGUGAUUGCAACUGAUCUUGAAUAUCAUCCACAACCAGCCGAUACUUUGAUGGGAAAGACUGCUUUGAUUACCUAAAAUGAUCUGGCCAUUUUAAAUAAGGCCACUGUUUCAAUUUUUUGCAUGUUGCCAAAUAUUAAUUUCUAGCUUGUUGGCUUUUAAUCCAAUAUAUUGCAAAAAAACAAAAAGCUAUUGUUAAACUUUAUAUGCAGAGCUUUUAUAAAUUUCCAAAUCUGAACUUUUGUUUCGAACUUUCAUGUCCAAGAAUAUGAAGCAGAAAGAGAUCGCUUCUGAAAUCUUCCUGCAAACGCUUUUGGGGAAAAUAUAAAGCAAAGAUCAGGAAAUUAAGAGAAACCAAGCUUUUCCUCUAACAAGUAAAAAGUAAAUGUGAAGCUUCAUCAUUUUUGAUCGCUACUUUUCAUUGAGAAAGGGGUUGCGAGAAACUGUUGGUGUUUUGGAACAAUUUUCAUUUGAGCUCAACAAUUUGCGCUGAGCCUCAAACAGUGCACAUUCCUCAGCAUAUCUGCGCAUGGAUAUUUGUUAUACCUAAUAGUCAUGAAACAACUUCUGCAAACUCUCCGUGGAGGAGCCUUCACUUUUCUUGCUGAGCUAUACAAAAAUAAAGAUAUGAAAGAAAAAG